AGAAUGACUGUCCUCUUCUCUCUGCGUUUAGUUCUUCCUCUUUGUGGGGGUUCGUCCUUCUGGCCCUCCCCGGACGAUCCUCGGCGGUUCUAUACGAUAAGGUGGUUCUCGAGUUUCUGGUCGUUCCGAAGAGCAACGUGCUUCUGAUCUUUGUCGAUCAUCAAUCAGCCUUUCAUCAUCGGCGUUAUCUGCGAGCAAAGGGUAGAAGGGGUUCCUGAGUUUCCUGUGUGGGAGGAAGAGGCAGAAAUGGAGAAGAAGAGGGUCACUGUUCCACUUGUCUGCCAUGGACACUCUAGACCAGUUGUUGAUUUGUUCUAUAGUCCAGUCACUCCUGAUGGAUAUUUCCUUAUUAGUGCAAGCAAGGAUUCUAGUCCCAUGCUGAGAAAUGGAGAAACAGGAGAUUGGAUUGGAACCUUUGAAGGUCACAAGGGGGCUGUAUGGAGUUGUUGUCUUGACACUAAUGCUUUGCGUGCUGCAUCAGGUUCAGCUGAUUUUACGGCUAAAAUAUGGAAUGCACUCACUGGGGACGAAUUGCACUCCUUUGAUCAUAAGCAUAUUGUUCGGGCUUGUGCCUUUUCAGAGGACACAAAACUUUUUCUUACUGGGGGCCUUGAGAAAGUGCUACGAAUUUUUGAUUUGAAUCGACCUGAUGCACCACCAAGAGAAAUGGCCCAUUCACCUGGUUCAAUCAGAACCGUAUCAUGGCUUCACAGUGACCAAACCAUACUGAGUUCUUGCACCGAUGUGGGUGGUGUGAGGUUGUGGGAUGUGAGGAGUGCAAAGCUGAUCCGUACAUUAGAAACCCAGUCCCCAGUAACGAGUGCUGAAGUCAGUCGUGAUGAGCGUUAUAUUGUUACUGCUGAUGGUCGUAGUGUCAAAUUCUGGGACGCAAAUCAUUUUGGCCUGGUGAAAAGUUAUACAAUGCCGAGCAUGGUGGAGUCAGCAUCACUUGAGCCAAAAUUUGGCAACAAAUUUGUUGCUGGAGGAGAGGACAUGUGGCUGCAUCUUUUUGAUUUCCACACUGGUGAACAAAUAGCCUGCAAUAAAGGGCAUCAUGGACCGGUGCACUGUGUGAGAUUUUCACCUGGUGGUGAGUCGUAUGCUUCAGGAUCUGAGGAUGGGACCAUCAGAAUAUGGCAGACUGGACCAUCAGGUGCUGAUGAUAAUGACUUGUACCUAGCCAACGAGGCAAAUGACAGGCUGAAGGUUGGUGUGUCAGAGGCUUCACAGAGGAUUGAAGGGUUCCAUAUUUCUGGGGAUGGGCAGGUAGACGGGAAGGUGGAUGAGUUAAGCGGUCCAUGAAAAAUCAACGCAGUUUUCUUGGCUAGCUCUUCUUUUUGCUCCUAAAAUUGUAGAUCUUCCACUGUUCAUAUUCAUGUGUUCCUUCAUGAGGCAGCUAAUUUGUUUGUCUUGAAUGGGAGUUUGAAGAGGAUCAGAAUUUCUUUUACAUCAUCUACAUAUGUUUUUUAA